AUGCGCUCACAGGACCUCUGCUCGUGGUCAUGUCCCCUGCUGAGGACCUCACAUGAAAACACAGCAUCUAGCAGUUGAUGGCGAGCGACAAAUGCAUAUAAGAUGCUGUCGGCACUGUUGGCGCUCUACUAGUACCACGCUUUAUGUGUCGUAGUGUCCAGCAUCAUGUUUGCAAAGUUCCGCUUCGCAACAAUCCUUCUACUAUGCUUAGUGCCACAGCUGGCAAGUGCUUGGGGAGACCUCGGACAUGAGACCAUUGCUUGGAUAGCCCAGUCCUAUGUCUCUUCUACCACAUCAUCAACAAUCAAAGGCAUCCUCAACUUGACCCAGUCCGACUACAUAGCGAACGUGUCUACUUGGGCCGACACGUAUCGAUAUACGAGUGGUGGUCGAUGGUCAGCACCGUUGCAUUUUAUCGAUGCUAACGACAACCCGCCAUCGUCUUGCUCUGUCGACUACAGCCGAGAUUGUGGCAGUACUGGAUGCAGUAUCAGUGCCAUUGUCAACUAUACCUCAAUCUUGCUCGAUGAUGAUUCGAGCAGCACGACCAAAUAUGAUGCGAUGAAGUUCCUUAUCCACUUCAUUGGAGAUCUUCAUCAGCCGCUCCACGACGAGGCGCUUGAGGUCGGUGGCAAUGAUAUCAACGUCACCUACGAUGGUGAUCACACGAACUUGCAUCAUAUCUGGGAUACUGAGAUUGUCGAGCAACUUGCUGAUGGUGCUAGUGCUGAGAGCUUUGCAAAGAAUCUCACUGCAUCCAUCAAGGCUGGUGCCUAUGGCUGGGACGUUGAUAGCUGGCUAGUUGGGACGACUUUGAAUGAUACAAUGUCCAGUGCUUUGACUUGGGCAAAGGAAGCAAACGGCUAUGUGUGCAGCGAUGUACUUAGCGCCGGUGUUGACGCCGUUGAGCAAGGCAACUUGAAUGGCAGCUAUUACAAAGCCCAUUUUGAUGUUGCAAGAGUUCAGAUCGCUCGUGCUGGGUAUAGACUUGGCGCGUGGCUGAAUCUGAUCUUCACGGGGAAGACCGCAGUCUGACGAUCCUCGGAAGGAUCUGUCUAUUAGUGGCAUGGGGAAGCCGGAUGUCCGAACAGGCGCUGACUGGGGUCGGCUAUCUAAGGCAUGCAACACGACGUCAAAUU